GAAGGAGGAGCGGCGCUGCCGGCGGCUGCGGACGCCCUGACAGACGGACAGACGGACAGACUGACAGACUGACUGACGGACAGACUGACAGACGGAUGCUCUAAGGUAAAGAAGCGGGCGGGGAAGCCCUCGGGGGCCCGGGCGGGGGAGGCUGCGAUGCCCGCCCCCCACCCCGGCCUCGUCACGGUCAGCGGCUGCCCGUGUCCCCCCCCAGGGCCCACGGACAUGUCCGAGGCGAAGCAUCGCAAGAAGGCGGGCGUCAAGGGGGCGCCCCCGGAGCCGGGCCGACGAGGCGAGCCCGGGCAGCCCCCGGAGCCGGCCCGGGGAGCGGGAGGUGGAGGCGGCGGAGGCGGCGGCGGCUGGGCGGACCCGCGGACCGUGCUGUGCCUGCUCUCCCUCGGGACCAGCCUGGCCUUGGCCUGGUUUGUAUUUCAGCAGUCAGAAAAGUUUGAUAAUGUGGAAAAUAAAUACCAGCUACUGAAAUUGGAAGCUGCAGAGUUCCAUAGCCUUCAAAGUCAAGUUGAUUUAAUUUCUGAAAAGCUUGAGUCUACUGAAAGUGUCCUGCAGGAAACUACAUCAGCCAUAUCUUUGAUGACCCAAUUUGAGCAGGAAGUGUCCAGUCUCCAUAACAUCAUCCAUGACAUUAAGAACAGUGAGCAGAUGCUCAUGCAAAAGAUGCAGAACGUUAAUGUGAAAUUUAAGAAUGUUACAGAUUCCUGGAAAAGAAACCUAGAUGACAUGAAUGCUCAUACUGGCGGUUUAAAAUCUGAAGCCAAACGUAUGCAUUCUCAUGUUACUGGCCAAAUUAACCUGGCUGAACAAGGCAUAAAAUUGCUUACUGAAAGGCUCAAAGAUUUGGAAGAUAGCACUAUGAGAAAUAUUAGAACCAUCAAGAGGCAAGAAGACGACGAUCUUUUACAAGUGGAAGAGCAGCUAGUGUCAGAUACAAAAGCAGUUGAAAAGUUAGAAGAGGAACAAAGAAGUCUCUUUGCUAGAGAAAUAGAUCUGAGCAAUAAGCUGACUGACUAUGAGCCUAAAGUGGAAGAAUGCAAGACCCACUUGCCGGCGCUCGAAAGCGCCGUUCACUCGGUUCUGAAGGUCUCCCAAGAUCUGAUAGGGACAGAAAAGAAAAUGGAAGAUCUGACCAUGAAGAUGUUUAACAUGGAAGAUGAUAUGCUGAAAGCCGUGUCGGAUAUUAUGGAUAUGCAGAAAGCCCUUGAAGGAAUGCAGUAUGAUAACAGCAUGCUGAAAAUGCAGAAUGAACUACAUUUUCUAAAGGGCAAAGUUCAAGAGUUCAUAGCAUCUUCAAGUAUUAGGGAAAAAGGAAUUUUAGAGUACGACCUAGAAAAUAAAGGAAUUGGCGAACAGUAAAUUCGGCCAAUUUGUGUUAGGAGGAAGUGUGUUAUCUCAUACAUUUAUAUCGUGUUUUGUAGUUACUUUGAUAUAUGGUAAAAACGCCUCACUUAUGCAGCAUGAUCACAGAACAAGGGGUCUCAUUCACAUAAGAGGAUCUUCCAGAUAACCAAAUGUAGCCACCUAAACACCAAAACUUCCCAAAAAUCAUAUCCAUUUUCACCGAGGUUUCUAAAAUGUGUGACAUAUUUCCCUGCCUUCUUAAAUAGAGUAGAGUUGACAUAAUUUAGCCUCUAGGUUGUCAUUAGAAGCAUGAGCUAUUUUACAGAGGCCUCAGGCGGCCACAGACUGCUAUGAGUUGUGAGUCAUUGUGUAUAUUGUCAUGUGGUAUAGUGGAAGGAGCACUAGACUAGGAGUCAGAAGACCUGGCUUUGAGUCCCAGCUCUCCUGAGCCUCAUUUCCUUUCCCUCUCUGUAAAAUAGGAAUGAUGGUACCUGUUGUGCCUACUUCACACCAGUGUCAUUGUGGGGGUGGUGCCUUGUCAACACAGUGGUAGCAAUCACUUCUCAAUAUCAAUAUGCCUGCUUCCGGCAGCACCCCCUCACCUCCAUUGCGCCUCUGUGGGCUAGGAAAUGAGAGAAACACACUUGGUGUGAGUAGGAAGAGUGAAUAAAUAGGUGCAGAGGGUGAGCUUUGAGGGACUCACCUAGGAGUUCAUUGCAUGAGCAUUAUUAGUGCAUGGACAAUUCUGCGUCAUCCAUUCCAGCUAAGCAGAUCUCAUUUGCUCACAUCUUGGUUCUUAUCUGUGUUCUGUAUGCUUGAGCUUAUCAGAUUAAUGAAGUAAUAUAUUUAUUACUCAGAUAAACUAAAUAAGCCUAUGGAUUGUAUUGGAGGAAUAUAUUAAACAAUAAAAACAGUAAAAUAAAA